AUGUUUGGUAAGAUUGCCAAUAAUUCUGCAGAUGCAUCAAGUAAAUUAUGGAAAGCUGAUCAUUCCCUGCCCGGCAGACCCAUUUUUGGUGCCCAACAUCCUCCUCUUUCAUCGAAAUCAAAUAAGUCAGUAUUUGCACUGUUAAUCUACAGAAAACAACAAGCAUUCACUGAAUAUAUGAAUAACACUGUUGACGCAUGGGCAAUUGACGAUGAUUUAGAAAGUGAAAAUGAAGAAAAUGAUAUUGAUAAAGAAGAACCAUUCAUAUCAAAACAAGCUGUUCAAGAAGUAGCAAAACGUGUUAUACAUGAACAUAAAACAAGAAAUGAAUCUGAGAAAGUGACAUUGGAGGCAUCAUCUGUACGUCGUCCAGUAGCAUCUAGUUCAUCUUCGACUGCUUGUCCUGGCAUUGGCAUACGUCUCGGACAACAUCCAAGUUCAAAAACAAUGGUACCCGUACGUUUUACAAAUCAAGUUCGAUCAACUAUCACUACAAUACCUGAUAUUGAUUCACAAAAAGAAAAUAAAUUUAAACAAAUUUUUGAACAAUCACAUGUAGAUCUGAAUGAACUUCGUAAAACAAGUUGGAACGGAAUACCAAAACAAUUUCGUGCAGAAGCUUGGAAACUACUUUGUGGUUAUCUGCCAGCUAAAGUUGAUCGUCGUGAUGAUACGUUGAAGAGAAAACGUGACGAAUAUUGGUCAUAUGUUAGCCAAUAUUAUCACACAAGAUCUGAGUCUGUUCAUCAAGAUACUUUUAGACAGAUACAUAUUGAUAUUCCGCGUAUGAAUCCAUUGAUGCCUAUAUUUCAACAAUUGGUUGUUCAAGAAUUAUUUGAACGUAUUUUAUUUAUAUGGGCUAUAAGACAUCCAGCAAGUGGCUAUGUUCAAGGCAUCAAUGAUUUAGUUACACCAUUUUUCGUUGUUUUUCUAUCGGAGUUUAUUGAUAAUGAUGUUGAAAUUGAAAAUUUUGAUAUUGGUUCAUUACCUGAAGAACAUUUACGUAUUAUUGAAGCCGAUAGUUAUUGGUGUACAUCAAGUUUACUUGAUGGGAUACAAGAUAAUUACACAUUUGCUCAACCAGGAAUACAAUAUAAAGUUCGAACAUUAGAAGAGUUAAUUAAACGAAUAGAUGACCCACUUUAUCGCCAUUUAAAAACUCAACAUAUUGAAUUUUUACAAUUUGCAUUUCGUUGGAUGAAUAAUUUAUUAAUGAGAGAAUUACCUGUUCGAUGUACCAUCCGGCUAUGGGAUACAUAUCAUGCUGAGCAAGAUGGUUUUUCACAUUUUCAUUUAUAUAUAUGUGCUGCCUUUCUAGUUCGAUUUUCAAAAGAUCUUCUACGGGAAAAAGAUUUUCAGGGUUUAUUAUUAUUAUUACAAAAUCUUCCGACUCAUUCGUGGACAAGUGAUGAUAUUAGUAUAUUGACAGCAGAAGCAUAUCAAUUAAAAGUGAUGUUCGCCAAUGCACCGAGACAUUUGAGUUAG